UUAGGGUUUAGAGUUGAUGUUUCAUGGUUUAGGGUUUAGAGUUGAUGUUUUAAAUUUAGAUUAGUUAACCAUAUAUUUUUUUUUGUCGAAGUUAAUUAAAAGGAUAUAAAUGUCUUUUGCCUUUCAAUAAAGACGAAGGUAAAAUUGGUUAGUGUAAACAUGAAAAGUGGUACUUUGAAAAUGAUAUUUUUGGCAAUUUCCGUUCUUUUCAUCACUCUAUCAUUUACUUGCUAAAAGAUUCUUUUCAUAAAAGAAUUUGGCAUUAUACAUGCUUGUGAUUAGUCGGAUCAAUUACCAGUUCUGGGGGAGUACCAAGUGAUUAUAACGUGAUCCCACAUCAAUUACAUUUAAAACAUAGUCUCUUGUGUUAGUCUUCUCUCUCAUACCAAAAAUAAGUAAUCAUCUCCAUAUUUUUAGUCACUAUUUAUACCCUUUUCUCAGGACAUCUCAACACUCAUUUUCGAACAGAAGAAAAUAUACACAAUGGCUGUCAAUUACGAGGACCAAGCCACAUUGUUCAACUUCGUUGUCAAACAAGGUAAUGGUGUGAAGGGUCUGAUAGACUCUGGCAUGUCUCGUGUUCCACAGCCUUUCGUCCAACCUCUCUCUGAGCGAAUCGCGACCCCACAUGCCCGUACGUGUGAAGCUGCCCAGCCAAUCGAUCUUUCCCAGCUAGACGGUCCACGCCACAAGGAGGUGGCCAAACAGAUCACUGAAGCUGCUGAGACACUUGGCUUCUUCCAGGUGGUGAACCAUGGUGUUUCGGUGGAGCUGCUUGAAUUGCUAAAAACGUCGGCUCAUAAGUUUUUUGCACAACCUCCUGAGAAGAAGGCGAUUUACCUAAAAGAAGUGAGUCCAAGCAAGCUAGUUAAGUACGGAACGAGCUUCGUACCAGAGAAAGAGAAGGCCAUUGAGUGGAAGGAUUAUGUGAGCAUGCUUUACACCAAUGACCACGAGGUUCUUCAACACUGGCCUCCACAAUGCAGAGAGGUGGCACUUGAUUUCCUAAAAUCAUCUAUGGCAAUGGUGAAAAGAGUAGUUGAAGUUUUGAUGGAGGAUGUAGGAGUGAGACUCGAAGAAGAGAGAAUGAACCGUUUGAUGGGGACUAAGAUGGUCAACAUGAACUACUACCCAACCUGUCCUAGCCCCGAGCUCACCAUAGGCGUCGGUCGUCACUCGGACAUGGGAAUGCUGACCGUUUUAUUACAAGACGGCAUUGGUGGUCUCUACGUUAAACUAGACAACGGUGACUGGGCCGAGAUCCCUCCUCUCGAUGGAGCUUUAGUCAUUAAUGUUGGCGAUACUUUGCAGAUUCUAAGCAAUGGGAAGUACAAAAGUGCUGAACAUAGGGUUCGAACCACAAACAUUGGAUCGAGAGUCUCCGUACCAAUUUUUACCGCACCUAAUCCCUCGGAGAAGAUAGGUCCGUUGCCGGAAGUGGUGAGGCGUGAUGGGGUGGCUCGUUACAAAGAACUGUUGUUUCAAGACUACAUGAACAACUUUUUCGGCCAACCACAUGACGGCAAGAAAUCUCUCGACUUUGCUCGUGCCGAUUGAUAUAUUCUAUUAUCACUUUUAUCAGUUUCUACGUGCCAAAUUAACUAAAAUGUGCGAAGUUGUUUCUUUUUCGAGAAUUCGGUCAAAAAAAACCUCAACUUUGCACGAAUUGCCAAAAUAAACAUGAAUUUUUGGGCUGACCAAAAAAACACCAAACUUUCAUUGACUUUAAAAUUAAUUAACAAUGUUUUCGCUGACUUGCCAAUUUAGCACACCGUCAACAAAUUUAACAGAAAUAUUUGACGUCGUUUAUUGUUGGCGUUAAGUGAAACGACGUCGUUUUACAUGAUUUGAAAUUAAAAAUAUGUAGACCCCUGGAUUCGAACCCAGGUUGUUUGGUCGAAUAGCAAGGUCUUUUACCACUAGGCUAGUGGAACUUUCAAUGUUCUUACUAAGAGCAUGUUUAUUGGUAAAACCCAUUUAAGGGUUCUUAGUGAAUUUUUAACUCUUAAAAGUGAGAUAAGAAACUUGGUUAAGAGACACUUAAUUAUAGUGGUUUAAUGGUAGUUUCUUAACAAAGGUUCAUACCAAUAAAAAAUAUUAAAUUUAUUUUUAAACAUAAAAUUUUAAACAAAGAUUAAAUUUAUUUAUUAAAUAAAACAAAGUCAAACAUAACAUUUAAACAUAGAUUUAAAAAAAAAAUAAACAUUAUUUAAUUAAAGAUAAAAUUUAUUUUUUAAAAAAAAUUGUAAAAAAUAACAUUUUAAAUAUAUAUUUUAUCAUCAAUUGAUCCUUCGAAAUUGUUUUGAGAAAAAGAUGAGAUGAAAAUUGUUUAUAAAAGUUGUUUACAAGAUAGAAAUUGUUUUAGAUUUAGAUGAAUAUUUCGAACAUGAGAAGGAAAAACAUGAGAAGGAGAAAGAAAGGAAGAAUAUAAGAAGAAAAAACAAAGGCUUGUGAAUACACUUUCAUUACAAGAUAUUAUUUACACAAGUUUGUGAAUACACGAUCAUACAAUCAUUAUAAAGGUCUUUCAUUUCUUGACCGUGAAACAUUUUCAACGUGACCACAACAAUACAAUAUAUACAUGUGCUAACCAAUAUCUGUGAUAGAAGAAAACAAGACAACAAGAAGAGAGGCUCCAGUUCGAGGAGGCAGAGAGGCUCCAGUUCGAGGAUGCAAGUGUGGCACCUUACGCCUUCCAGAAGCGUUCUUUAGCUCAGCUAAGCUAGUAUGAGAAUACACUUCUUCAAAAGAAUUAGCUUGUCCAGUGGCUCCAGGAGGCAAGGAGGCUCCAGUUCCAUGAGGCAGAGAGUUCGAGGAGGCAGAGAGGCUCCAGUUCGAGGAGGAAGAGAUGUUCCAUUUUCAGGAGGUGAGGAAGUUCCUGCUCCAGAUGUCCGACCAGCUCCUUGGAAAGAAUAAGCACCACGACGAGGAGCACCCAUAACCUGCAAAUAUUUUACCAAUCUAAUUAAAUUUUAGAUGUUUACCAAAAGAGACACCACAUAAA